ACAGACAUCACACUGAGGUUGCCCUUUAUGGUUGGACGGAAGGAAGUUACUGGAUCCAUGUUUUUUACAUAAUAAGAGGGCAAGAGUCAGCCAAUCCGCCUUCUCAUGCAUGCUCGCGUGUGAAAUCCUUCGUGCAUGCUACAUACUUGUGGACGAGGCUGCCAUUCCCGUCCGGUGUUAAACUGUCAAAUUAGAAUAGUUGAGUUUUGGACACGUUCUCCAUUCAUCUUUACUGUAAGUUGCAAUAACGGAAGCAACUUGUGGAAGAGGUGUCCACUGUGCGAAGGCCCAGUGUCUGCGCUGCUGUAUUUGGAGCAAGUACCCUUUUCCUUUCACGUGUUUCUUCAAGUUCGACAAGAUGUGGAUGGGCAAAAUUGGACAAAAGUCUGCGGCCUUUAUAAACCACAAGCCCUUCCAUCCAGGCAAUUGGCAAAACCAGGAAAAGAUAUGGCUUGCGGAGCAAAAACACAAGGAGGAACUUCGCAAGCAGGCCGAGCUUGCCGAGCGACGAGCAGAGGAAGUCAAGAUUCAAGAGCUCCGUCGGGCCCUCUACAAUCAAGGAACUGCAGCGUCAACAGCCCAAGUGUCGCCCAAGAUCCAGGAUGAUGGCGCAGCCAGGAAGGCUGCCGCUAUUGAGGCCAAGAAACGCGAAGCCGCACGAGCUGCGGCAGUUCGCGCUGCAGAACUCAGAAAGGGAAUGGUGAAGAGUGUUCUCUACGAAGAGGAUGUUUACGUGGGAAGUCACACUCACGUUUGGGGUUCCUUCUUCGACAAAGCCACAAACAGGUGGGGGUUCAAAUGCUGCGGUAUCUGUGACAAGAAGGUUCUCAAAUGUCUGACUACAGCUGCGGGAACAGCAGAGAAGACUACCAUUCGAAAAAACCGGAAGAGGCAACGAGAGGAAUCCGACAGCCCGGAACAUGCGAAAAACGAACCAGUUGGGAAGGACAGCGGAAAGGCGGAGUCCUUCCAGGAGGGAAAGGUAAACUCAGACCGCACAGCCACAGGAUGUGACUCGAAUGGGGUGCCGCGAAGGGAGCCCGCAGUUUCCAGUCAGUCGUAUACGAUACCACUUCAGGGGGGAGACCAAGACGCAAAGGCACAACAGACUGAGGAAAACAAGCGGAAAAAACUCAUGUCAAACAAUCGGUCGCGAGAAGGCGGCCUGGCAAGCGUUCUUCAAUUGCUGAAGGAGGAGAAUGCCUUCGGCGAUGAUGCGAGUUGA